CAGCAAAGCCCUGAGCAAGGUGUUUGUGUACAACCACAAGCAGGCAGAGUGGAGGGAGAUGGCGUCCAUGACGACCCCCAGAGCCAUGUUCGGGUCCGUUGUCCACAACAACCAGAUCCUGGUGGCUGGGGGGGUCAACGAGGAGGGGCUCAUCGCUUCAUGUGAAGCCUACGACUUCGCAGCAAACAAGUGGGAGCCCUACACUGAGUUCCCCCAGGAGAGGAGCUCUGUUAACCUGCUGAGUAACGGCGGCUCGCUGUACGCUGUGGGCGGCUUCGCCAUGGUUCAGAACGAGGACAACGAGGUGGCUCCCACUGAGGUCACUGACGUCUGGCAGUAUGAGGAGGAUAAGAAGCAGUGGAGCGGGAUGCUGAGGGAGAUGCGCUACGCUGCCGGCUCCUCCUGUGUGUCCAUGAGCCUCAACGCUGCCAGGAUGCCCAAACUGUAGACAGAAGCACUUUCUUUCUUUCUUUCUAACCCCCCACCAACACCUCCUGACACCCGCCUCAUCCCCCAGCGCUGCCUCCGAGUCGUCUCAUCCUCUGCACUCACAUUUCUGUGUCGAGUUGACCUUUGACAUUAAUUUUUCUUUACUAUAAACACUCAGUUUCUCUUGAAAGACUGCACUAUCCCCACAGUAUUAAAAAAAAAAAAAAAAAA